CUUCUUCCCUUGCCUGACCUCGUACUGCUGACUGACUGAGGGCCUCCGCUUCCCAAUCCCUCCUCGUCAGACCUGGAAAGAGCUCACCACCAUCCUUCUUGCUCUUCUCCCCGCUCCUCUCAUCCCCAUCCCCAUCCCCCAUCCCCUUUCCGUUCUUGCUUCAACUUACGACACUUCGCUUCUCUCGACCUCGCCUUUCCCCCCCCUCCAUCCUUUUCCUCCCCCCUCCGUUCCCUCCCUCUCCCUCCCCCUCUGCCUCAUCGUCCAACCCGCCGACCGUCGUCGAGGUCGCCCACACCGAGGACAUGAAUAAGCUGGCAAACAUGCGUCACUGGUCGGAGAGGAUGAGCCCCAACUUCGGAAUGGGCCGUCCCAAUAUGCCUAUGAAUGCCCUCAAUGCCCACCCCAAGAACGCCGCCCAACCGGGGCAGCCCAUAAGCUCACCCCAGGCUGCCGAUGCCACUAUCCACUACUCGUUCAACGUGCCAUUUGCUUCCGAUCUCGUCGGGCCCGACACCGAGGACAUCCUUCACGCCACCACCGACGCCGUCCUGCGAUGGACACACCCCGAGGACGCGCCGGACGAUGUCGAAAUCCACGAGCUACCCGUUCACGCCCAGAACCUGGCCAACCUCAGGAGGUUAUGUCGCGAACUCUCCAACGGACCGCUACCCAUCGAAGCCCACGUUCUGUCCGCGACGCCCAAGAACGGAAAAGGACUGCAGGUCACCACCGUCUGUCUAUCGGGCUCUCCAGAGCUGGUCCACAAGAGCCGAGAGACCAUUUUGAAUGAUACCCCCAUCUCGCUCCGCUGCACAACGAUCGACGUCGAUGGCCAACUGGUCUGUGAUAUUAACGGCGGAAUCCUCAAGAAGUCUGUGACGGACAACCUCGACUACAUUUCCAGCUACUGCGGUGUUGACAUCUUUCUCCUUGGCCCCAAGCUGACCCCGAUGGUUGACGGAAUGACUGGUGAGGCUGAGAUGCGGAUGGAUCAGCGAUGGAGGGUUGCCAUCUACGGCGACAUCUUGUCGUCUGAGCACGCAAAGGCCCGAGUCCUGAUCCACAUUGAUACCUUGCUCGGUCGUGUUGUCGAUGGUACGAAACUCGAAUUGUCUUGCCACCAGCUCGUUUGUGGCCGCCACCGCAAGAAUAUCAAGUUGAUCGAGUCAUCCACCGGGACUGCUAUUUACUUCCCGCCCCCGUUCUCGCAGAUGUACCGCUACUGCCCGCCGAAAGCAACUCGUCGUGAUCCCGCCGAUAUCUUCAUCACUGGCGAGACCCCUCAGGCCAUUGAGCUCGCCAAGCAGAAGCUGCACGAAACUGUCCAGCGAAUUAGGCUCUACGUUAAAGACGUGACGAUUCCUGCCGCCAAGAUUGAUAGCAUCCUCCUUGGUCGCUUGGAUAAGGUCCGCAAAAUCCUCGAAGCGAAUGGAACCUACAUCAUGUUCCCCCCGUUGGCAAGUCAGCGCAAUAUGGUUCGAGUCCAGGGCAGCGAGGGUCUCCACGUGGAGCGAACCGUUCGAGAAAUCAUGUCACUGGCAGGCCAGUUCUACAGCGCAGGAUGGUACAUUCAGCAGCCUGAGUCUCGACAGCUUCCAGGCCCCGCCGAUAUUCGCACCAUGCUGGGUGAUAUCUGCGCGAACUCGGAGGCGGACCUAUCUUUCGACAAGAUGACCUUCACCGUCACUGGAUCUGAUGACGCUGUCAAGUCCGCUCUGAUGGUCAUCUCGGAGAUCAAAUUUGUAGCUCAGUCUCAGUACCAGAUUCGAGUCAAGAUCGAGCUUGCCAAUGAGCACAAGGAGUUUGUCAGUGGCAAGAAGAACGGCAAGAUCAACAAGAUUAUGGGCCAAAGCAAUGUCCAAAUCAUUUUCGACGGAUUCAACGAGUACAACUUCAACAUUGACGUCAUGGCUGCUGGUUACGAGUCGAUGAAGCAGGGCCUGACCCUUGUCGAACAGGAGAUGCCCGCCUCAAUCUCUUUCCAUGUCCCUGACCAGUACCACAAGCGAAUCAUCGGUAUUGGUGGGCAGCACAUUCAGCGAAUCAUGAAGAAGCACUCCGUCUUCGUCAAAUUUUCCAAUGCCAUGGACAGAGGUGGCAUGGGACGUGAGGAUGAUGAUAUCAAGGUCGAUAACGUCAUUUGCCGAACCCCCGCCCGCAACGCCCAGAACCUCGAUGCAGUCAAGAACGAGAUUCUGGAGAUGGUUGAUCGUGCUGACUCUGAGUACACCUCUCAGAUUGUCAGUGUUGAUCGCCUGUACCACCGCCAGCUCAUUGCUCGCCUUCCUGAGAUCGACGAACUCGAACAGAAGUACAACUGCAAGAUCAACUUCCCCAGCACCGAGCAGGCCAGCGACGAGGUGACUGUCAAUGGACCUCAGUGGCAGGUCCCUCACUGCGUUGACGAGUUCUUGGGAAUGGUCCCCGACAAGCACGAACUCAUCCUUGCCCGCAGCCCCGAGUUGAUCAAAUUCCUCGAGUCUCCCGAGUUCGCUCACGAUCUUGUUCCGAAGCUGAAGAACCAGCAUGAGGUCGAGGUGACCGUUCAUCAGAACCCUGAUGAGGUUACUGAGGACGGCUCUCCAACCGUGGCCCUUCUCUGGGGCUUUACUCGAAACAACGCCGGUGGUCUUCGUGAUGCUAUGGAUUUCCUCCAGUCUCAGUUUGCGACUUCCGGGGCUGAGAUUAACAUUGUUAAGGGCGCCCUCCCCCGACCCAAGUCCGACUCGUUCGAAGACUCGCUUCAGUACUUCGACUCAAAGCUCCUUCAACAUGCCCCUGCUUCGGUGGCCACAGACUCCCCCGUCAAGGUUGCCUUUGGCGACGAAGUUGCUCGUGAGCGAAGCAGCAUCCUCGACCGUCUCCGAAAGCCCGGCAGCAUGACCUCGAUCUCGUCCUUCUUGGACCGCAGAAAGAACAGCUCUCACUCAGCCCAUGCCAACUUCUUCAAGGGCUCGAGCAACGUGUCCAAGUCUUCGCUCAUCUCCAUCGAAUCGACCCGCAGCUUCAAUGCUGACCGAAACCCCUGGAAUGACAGCGGCGUGAACCUCCCAGAGGACGAUAACCCCUGGGCCCCGCGCCCUUUCAGCACCCAUGCCGACAACAAGUUGGCUAUUCCCCAACCUGGCGACGUUACACCUCGCCACAGCGCCCGCGCCUCCGGCGACAGCGGACGCCCUUCGACCUCUCAUUCUAUGAAUUCAGGAUACCCCGCCCCUAUUGGGCCUUUCCGUUAGAUUCCCCCGUGUUAGAACCUCUACAUGCAAAUACCCCGGCUGGAUAUACCCUGGCGUAAAAUACCCUGGAACGUCUCCUUCUGCAUCGGCCGGUUUAUGCCUCGCUCUGUUUGUUUUCUCUUCGCUGUCUUUGUGUUUUG